CCCACCAGAGCAGGUUGCUCUCAGCAGGUGACAUCGGGAGACAUGAAUCCCACCUGGGUCCAGCACCUCAUUGUCCUGGGGACGCUGCUGGGAGCCGGCAACACCAGUACGGAUACUGCAGAUACCUGGUGCUAUGAAGACCCAAAAUGCGGUCCAGAGACAUGGGCGGCUCUGGGGCACUGUAGCGGCACCAGGCAGUCCCCGAUCAACAUCAUCACCCCUGCGGCUGUCCACAAUCCCCACCUGGGGGCUGUGUCCCUCGCUGGCUAUGGGGAUGCCGGGAAGCUUAUCUCCAUGGAAAACACGGGGAAGACAGUGUACGUGCAUUUAGCGGAUGGGCUCCGUCUCAGCGCCCAGGGGCUCCCAGCUACCUACACAGCCAAAUCCUUCCACCUGCACUGGGGCCAGGGGGCAGCCCGGCCUGGCUCGGAGCAUUUCAUCAAUCACAAAGGGUUCUCCAUGGAGCUCCACAUUGUUCAUACCAAGAACAACCUGAGCACCACUGAUGCCCUGAAGGAUCCCGAGGGAAUUGCUGUGCUGGCCUUCUUCAUCCAGGCAACAGCCCAUGCACGCCCCUCCCCCUCCUGGGAUUCCUUCACCCAGCACCUGAAGAAGGUGGCUCUGAAGGGGGAGGAUACGGAUCUGGAAGGCUCCUUCUCUCUGACGGGGCUCCUGGGCUCGGUGGACCUAGCCCGCUAUUACCGCUACCAGGGUUCCCUCACCACCCCCAACUGUGAUGAAGUCGUGGUCUGGACUGUCUUCCCCGAUCCCAUCCUGGUGCCUCCUGACGUGGUGGCUGCGUUCCCCUCCAUCCUCAACUCCACAGACUCAGAUUCUGGGCCCCGGCUGCAGAACAACUACCGGCCUCUGCAGAGCCUUGGGGAUCGCCAAGUGGAGGCCUCGGUGGCCCUCCGAGUCGCCCCCAGCUCCUCUUCCACCCCACGGCCUGCAGCCUUGAUCCCUCUACUCAUCAGUAUCGCAGCAAUCACCUGGCAGCUAUAGGGGGACAGAGCCAGACGCCUAGAGGCUGGACUUAGGCAGGGGAAGUGCUGGGAGACAGGUCUCCUGGGUUCUAUUCCUGGUUCAGCCACAGACUUUGUGACCAUCCUCAAGAGCCAUCACCGCUCUGGGCCUCAGUUUCCCCAUCUAUAACAUAGAGAUAGGUUUUGCUCCACAGUCCUGGAGACAGCAUUGAUCACAGUCCUCUUGGAGACUGGGAGGGAACGUACCCAUCAGCUAAUAUUGCUCAGGAGGAAUGGAUCGCAAGCCCCCCACUGCCAGGAGUUUGGACUGAGUGGGCACAGCGGGGGGGUGACAUUGCACUCCAUAUGCUUUAUAAAAGAAUGCUCAUAAAUGUAAAUAUGGUGUAACUGGAAUAUGCUUUAUGCACAAGGUCUUU